GGCUGAUAAGCUGUGGUAUGGCGUCUAAAUAGUGCGCUACUGCUUUGCGCGGUUGCCGCCGAUUUAAUUGGUUACACCCCCUCUCCCAACUCGACCAGGGGGUUCUGACCUCACUGCAGCACAACGAGAAGAGGACCAACUGUCAGAAAAAGCUGAAGUUACUCAUACGAUCACUUAGAUCAACGGCAGUACUUACAAUAUGGCACUGACAAUUCCCGUCGAGAUCUGCGACAUGAUCGUUGAUCACGUAGUAGCAACAAUUGAGACGGACUACUCUUUACGCGAUCUGUUCCCUUACACGCUUGAGCCAGGUACUCGACCACAACUCAUGAGCUUACGCUUGGUUAGCCGGAAUUUCUGUGCUGCCGCGUCGCCCCAUCUGUUUAAACGCAAUGUAGCUCCGAUCAAUUCCUCGGUGCGCGGCAGGAGCUCCCUACAAAGAUUUGCUGAAAUCUCACGGAGCAAAUACGCUGCACAUGUCCGCCAUCUAGAGACCGGAUACAACAGCUGGGGCAUCUCUUUCCCUUCAACAAUCGGCCAGGAAAUCCAGGAUUUUGCUGGGUUGUUAUCGCCUUGUCUUGCUCAACUGUCCGAUUUACGCGUUCUCAAAUUCAGGGCGUCGGGCAAGUCCUGGACACGCGACCACGAAAGGGCUGCUAUUGGAGCAAUUGUUACUGCCCUACGAUUUGUGGUUCUACCCCAUUUAGAAGGGCUUGAACUCUUCUUCCCCAUAGCUCAUGACUUCCGAUACUUUUUUCCCAGCCCAUCUUCUCCAUUGUACAUACCCAUGGAGGAUUUACUGCACGGCCUGAAAUACCUAGCUUUACAUGUCACUGCGUAUACCAAAGUGCUGGGACAGCGAUACUGGAAAACCCCUAUAUCCCCUGCAUACGCUGCCUUUCCAAAUGACUUGCACGCCGCGCAUCUCUUUAGAUUAGUGGAGCUGGCUCCCAAUCUAGAAGCUCUCCAUAUCAGCAGUACAGACGUUCUACCUUUGUACACUAUUCAUUUCAACCCAGCGCUCCGUCUCACCUCACUAUGUCUCGCACGAGUUCUGAUUACGUUCGACCACUUCCGCGCGCUUACUGGCCAAUGCAAAGAUCAUCUCAAGCAUAUCGAACUGUCUUUGGUACAACUGCAUUUUGGCACCUGGCACAUGGUCCUCACGCAGCUACGCCAACUACCGCACCUUAUAGACUUUUCUAUCGGAUCAUGCGGGUAUCCAUCCACCGGGCCAAAUGCACAUCUGGCUGGGAUGCUUCCUCCACCAGAUGACCCGGAACCCCUUGAGACGAUGAGUUCCGCGGACUAUGAAGGACUGGAUGAGCUUAGGGAUUCUGUUAAUGCGAAUCGAGUCGCUUUGGGACUUGAACCGUGGGAGCGUAGAGAUCCCCGCUGGUCUAGGUAGCCCCCUUGCGCACUGGGCUGCUGAUGGCGAGAUAGGGAAGGGGAUAUCUGCCGCAACGGAUGGAGUUGGAGCAGAGGGUCGGCUUAGGUCGGCUAAUGAAGUGACAUGUGUUUAAAGCGUAACUUACUAGCUAUUUGAGUACCAUACCCUUGUGAAUAGGCAUCUCAGGUAGCAACCAGACACAAAAUCAUAUUGAGGUUUCAGCUGACAGGCUGAUAGGAGUGA